UCCAACGCACGCACACACACACACACGACUUUUCCUAGGUGGUAAAAAAGUGAGUGAAAAUUGAGGAUUUCCACACGCAUCGCACGCUAGCGGUCACAUAGCCUGCGACAUAGCCGUCACUGCCACCGCCGCAGCACUUUUCACGCGCUACCGGCCAGAAGGAAAUGAGCGCGCCGAGCAACAAAAUGUCGGCCACCGAUCAGAUGCGAGCAAUGCUGGACCAGCUAAUGGGCACUACGCGGAAUGGCGACGAGCGCCAGCUGAAGUUCUCGGACACCAGGGUCUGCAAGUCCUUCCUGCUCGACUGCUGUCCGCACGACAUCCUGGCGUCCACGCGCAUGGAUCUCGGUGAGUGUCCCAAAGUGCAUGACCUGGCUUUCCGCGCAGAUUACGAGAGUGCGGCCAAGGCGCGCGACUACUACUACGACAUCGAGGCCAUGGAGCACCUGCAGGCCUUCAUCGCCGACUGCGAUCGCCGCACGGACUCCGCCAAGCAGCGUCUGAAGGAGACCCAGGAGGAGCUGACCGCCGAGGUGGCCGAGAAGGCCAACGCUGUCCACGGCCUGGCCGAGGAGAUCGGCAAGAAGCUGGCCAAGGCCGAGGCUCUCGGCGAGGCCGGCGAAGUGGAGGACAGCAUGGAGCUGAUGAAGGAGAUCGAGGAGCUGCGCGCCAAGAAGAUCAAGGCCGAGCACGAGUACCGUACGAGCAUGCCCGCCUCCACCUACCAGCAGCAGAAGCUGCGCGUCUGCGAGGUCUGCUCCGCCUACCUGGGCAUCCACGACAACGACAUCCGGCUGGCGGACCACUUUGGUGGUAAGUUGCAUCUUGGCUUCCUAACCAUCCGCGAGAAGCUGAUCGAGCUGGAGAAGACGGCGGCGCCGCGCAAGGCGGAGCUCAAGCGGACGGGUAAGAUGACGGACCGCGACGACGAGGGCCGUGGCCGCAAUCGCUACUUUGUAGGUGGCCGUGAACUGGACCGCCGCUCCCGUGUGCACCGUUCCCGCUCCAGAGAACGCCAGCGGCUGCGGGACGCGGAGCGCGAACGACCCAACAACGGGCGCGGGCCGGAGGAGAAGGGUGGCGAGCGGCCCAAGGAGGCGCCUGAAGGUCCAGAACGACCCGAAAGAGCCCCGGAACGUGGAGGACGGCGCGAUGAAAGGGACAACCAUGGCAGAGAUAACCGCGAACGGGAACGCGAUGGCAGAAGGGAUAGGGAGCGCCACGGGCGCAACGACAGAGGACGCUUCGGCGACAGGGGCGGCGGAGGAGGAGGCGGUGGUCAUCACCGGGAUGACCGACGCCGCUCACGCUCAAGGGACCGUUCGCCACGGGAACGACGAAACUUCAACCACUUCAGGGAUGGGGGCGGCGGCGGCGGAAAUGGACACGGACAGCGCAGACGCUCCUACUCCCGCGAGCGCUACUCCCGCCGCUAGGCUAGAAUCCCGCCCAGCGCACGUACGUAGCAUUAAUCACAUCAACUACAACUACAAUGCCACCACAAUUGAACUACUGAAAGCAACAGCAAACGAAUAUUCAUAGGCUAAUCAAUAAAGCAACCCAUAGCCACACAUUCGGCGCUCCAAUGUGCAGAGACAACUACGAUUGUAAAUUUUUAAUCAUUUAUAUUUUUGAUCUUGCGUUCCAACCUCUAAAGAGCCAAUAAAGCUGAAAACGCUGUUGCUAUCCCAUGUUAACCGAACCCAGUCCAGCCCUUGACCCAAACGAAAAAGUGUAACAGAUACGAUAUGUGUACCCAAAGCAAUACGAUUGAAAUUCGAUAGUCCCCGUCCAGUCCAAAGUAUUCGGCACGUAGAGAUACCCAACCGAAAAUAGCGAACCCAACGAACCCGCAGUGUUGCCGUUUGUAGUUGAGUUUAGAGUAAUUCGGUUAGGAUUCAGAAGACUAAAUUAUUAAGACCCAGAGCAGGAGAUACCUUUAAUAUUUGAUAUUUUGUGUGUUGUAUAGCUAGCUACAAGUUGGUAACACUGACUGAAAACCAACCUUCUCAGCUCGCGAUCACAUUCUCCCAGUCGAAGUCAACGUGUGUUGUGCAUCGCUGUCGUCCCGUUUUGGGGUAAGCCUCCACCAUAUAUAACUCUGACACUCUAUCACUGCUCUGAUCUGAUUUGAUAUGAUUUGAUUUGAUUUGUAACCCCAAAGCGUUCUCCACUUGAAGUUCCACACUUUCGCAGCCGCUUUCGCACAGCUUCGAUUUGCGUAUUACAUACUAGAUAAUCCAGAUAAUAUAGCUUGGGUACGUAUCCAUUCCGGCCGACGUUUCCUUUUCGAAUCGUCCUAUGAGAGUGUCGUUUAUGUAUUCGGUUCUGGGUACGUAUUAAUGUUAGAAGAUCACGACUCUGUGGUACGUAUGCAUAUAACGACUAUGAUAUGACAAUUUCCCGUAAGCAGACCAGGCUUUGUAGGGUUCUCGGCGAUCCAGAUCCCAACGUACGUAUUCCUCCUCCUCCUCUCUCUCUCUGUCUUGAAAAUAAAUAAUCAAAAAUACAACCACCACAAACCAAAAAUAAAAAUAUUAAUCCCGUAGCUGAUUAGAGGCAAUCGAAAUCGGUUUCUAACCAAAUCUCUGUUUAUCUUGCCAAAUGGUACUUAAGCCACAGACUCGAUGCCGCCGCGGGGGCUCAGAUCAGUACAGUACAUGCCUUAAUGUGAGUAUUCGGGGCACUAAUCUCUGAUUACAACCAGGCAAAUACAAAAUUGAAUCAUCGAGGACGGCUGACGCCCUGUUCUUGGCUCAUUUCUUUCGGCAGCCGAGGAUUUAUAGUGGGAAUUGUGAGAGCAGUGAAUUGAGUUGUUUGUGUUUGGCCCUGACAGUGGGUAAGAAUCAAUCGAAAACGCCAACAGAUUUUCUAACUACCUUUAUGUCUAUCUAACAAAAUGUAUUGUUUUAUCUACUCCUAAGUCAACACACUGUUCUACACACUUUUAAGUUAUAUACCACACACAACACUCAAAGUAGAUCUAAAUUAAAACUAAUAUUUAUGGAUCUAAGCGGAAUGUAAUAAAAUUGCACUUGAAUUAUA